AUGGCAUCUUUGUCCUAUCUACAGCCUCAACUGGAAAAGAUACACGCUAGGGCAGAAGCGUUGGAUGUCCCCACUCCGGUGAUCGACACCCUGCGAGACCUUGUAUACGCCCUCAAUAACCCUUCUUCGCAUCCGCGUGCAAUACGCCCCUUUGACAUCAUCAAUGCACUCUCCCAUCAUAACUCUGGCAAACACAACUCCUUGUUCUCCUCCCGAGAACACCAGGACGCACAGGAGCUUUUCCAGCUUCUCUCCGAAUGCAUCAAGAGCGAGGCAACCGCUGUCGCAAAGGAGAUUCGGCGUGAUCGUGGACUGGGCGAAUUGACGCAGAAGGACGACCGGGCGAGCCGAGACCUGAGCCAGACUGUUUUCGACGGUCUGACAGCGAACAGGCGCAGCUGCGUCGAAUGCGGCUACACCGAGGCCGUCAUGCACUUCCCCUUCGACAACUGGCAGCUCGCUGUCCCUCGUCUCGUGGCCGCGUGUCGCCUCGAGGACUGCCUCGACGAUUAUACGAGGUUAGAGUUGCUCGACGACUGCAUUUGCCGCAAGUGCUCUAUGCUCGCAACAUACAAACGAUUAGAGGAAGAAGCGAACAGGACAACGGAGGCGGCUGCGGCUAUCAACGACCCGACUUCCUCCAAGAAGAAGCGGGCACGGGAUAGCCGAAAGCUGUUGGCGCGGGUGAAGGCAGCUUUAGAUGAGGGGCGAAUAGAAGAGGAUAUCAAGGGCGUGAAGAUGGAGAAGGUGUGCAGCAGAGCGUCCACGAAGCAAUCCAUGAUCGCUCGCCCCCCACCUGUGCUCGCCCUUCACCUCAACCGCUCCAUGCAUUACGGCGGCUAUGCCGCCAAGAACAACUGCCGGGUCGUCUUCCCGGAGAUCCUCGACCUCACACCCUAUACUACCUCCGGUCAGCUUUCCACUCAACCCUCUGCUCCCAUAUCUUCCCCUCCCCCACCCAUUCCUAUUCAGCGUUCCGUGACGCCGACGCCUUCUACUUACGCAGUCCCCCGCACGCUCUACCGCCUCUCUGCCGUCGUCUGUCACUACGGCCAGCACUCCUUUGGACACUACGUCUGCUUCCGUCGCAAGCCCCGUCCUCCAGCCGCCGGUGACCGCCGCUACACCCCACCACGACUCCAGUGCGCCAUAGGCUGUGAUUGCAAUCUGUGCGUACAGCAAGGCCCCAUACGUGAAGAAGACGGGCAAAACCCGUCCCGGCCAGGGACAGGGCGGGGGUGGCUGCGGAUCAGCGACGACACUGUGCAGGAGUGCGGGAUCGAGCGUGUGCUGCAGGAAGGUGCGGGUGCGUUCAUGCUCUACUACGAGCGCGUGCAGCAGCCGCGGUCGGUGGUGUACAACAACGCCCCGCCAAGGGCUUCGGAGGAGACGAUCCGGCCGGAGGAGUCGCACGCGCCUACACCGGAGGUUGCGAGUGAGAAGCCGGCAGAAAAGGAGCACGCGCUCAAUGGGGAGGCGGCGAGGAAGCAUGAGGGCAGGGAUAGGGAGAGGCCGGAGGAGAGGGAACGGUCGGUCGUCGACCCGAGGGUGGUGCGUCGGGUGUCUGCGUCUGCACAUCUGAAGGCGUCGGCAUCCCCGUCCACGCAACCUCAGUCUCCGUCGCAAGCCCAAGCGCCCCCACCGAAGCCGCCGUCAAAACCUGCAGCCGUCGCGCCGCCCCCACCUAUCUCCCGUUCGACGAGCGGCAGCUCUGCCGUCACGGCCGUGUCGACGUUCAGUACCAAGACGUUAGCGAGCGACGCCUCCGCGCCGAACGGGCACGCACAUUCCUCCCACCCUCGAGACAAACACGGCUCCAACGGCUCCGCGGACCCGAGCAGUCCUCAGCGUCCGUCGAUGCCCCCAUCGUCGCCGUCGAAGCUGAGGAAGUCGAGGCGGUCAGUCUCUCAGGCGGAUGGGAACCCCACGUCAUCCCCGACGACGUCUACACCUCUGCGUACAUAG